CGCCCCUCCCACCACGGCCCCACUGCGCCUGCGCGCAGAGCCAGGUCAGCGUGCAUGCGCAAUACGUCAGUCACGGGCUGGCGGCUGUGGUCCUGUCCUCGUUUCUGUGAGUGUUGGUCCGGAAGACACGAAGAUGGUGCUAGAUCUGGAUUUGUUUCGGGUGGAUAAAGGCGGGGACCCAGCCCUCAUUCGAGAGACGCAGGAGAAGCGCUUCAAAGACCCGAGACUAGUGGACCAGCUGGUGAAGGCAGACAGUGAGUGGCGGCGAUGCAGAUUUCAAGCCGACAACUUGAACAAACUGAAGAACUUAUGCAGCAAGACAAUCGGAGAGAAAAUGAAGAAAAAAGAGCCAGUGGGAGAGGAUGGAUCUGUUCCAGAAAAUGUGUUAAAUUUUGAUGACCUCACUGCAGACACAUUAGCAACCCUGAAAGUCUCACAGAUCAAAAAAGUCCGACUGCUCAUCGAUGAAGCCAUCCUGAAGUGUGAUGCCGAGCGGAUAAAGCUGGAGGCAGAACGCUUUGAGAAUCUCAGAGAGAUCGGGAACCUUCUGCACCCUUCUGUGCCCAUCAGUAAUGAUGAGGAUGCAGAUAACAAAGUAGAGAGGAUUUGGGGCGAUUGUACAGUUAGGAAGAAGUACUCUCAUGUGGACCUCGUGGUGAUGGUGGAUGGCUUUGAAGGCGAAAAGGGGGCCAUCGUGGCUGGUAGUCGGGGGUACUUCCUGAAGGGGGUCCUGGUGUUCCUGGAACAGGCCCUCAUCCAGUAUGCUCUCCGCACUUUGGGAAGCCGGGGCUACACCCCCAUUUACACUCCCUUUUUCAUGAGGAAAGAGGUUAUGCAGGAGGUGGCACAGCUCAGCCAGUUUGACGAAGAACUUUAUAAGGUGAUUGGCAAAGGCAGUGAGAAGUCUGAAGACAAUUCCUACGAUGAGAAAUACCUGAUUGCCACCUCAGAGCAGCCCAUUGCUGCACUGCACCGGGACGAAUGGCUGCGGCCAGAGGAUCUACCCAUCAAGUAUGCUGGCCUGUCAACUUGCUUUCGCCAGGAGGUGGGCUCCCAUGGCCGUGACACCCGUGGCAUCUUCCGAGUCCAUCAGUUUGAGAAGAUUGAACAGUUUGUAUAUGCGUCACCCCAUGACAACAAGUCAUGGGAGAUGUUUGAAGAGAUGAUCGCGACUGCAGAAGAGUUCUACCAGUCUUUGGGGAUCCCUUACCACAUUGUGAAUAUUGUCUCAGGCUCUUUGAAUCAUGCUGCUAGUAAAAAGCUGGACCUGGAGGCCUGGUUUCCAGGCUCAGGCGCCUUCCGUGAGUUAGUUUCCUGUUCUAAUUGCACGGAUUAUCAGGCUCGCCGGCUCCGAAUCCGAUAUGGACAGACCAAGAAGAUGAUGGACAAGGUGGAGUUUGUCCACAUGCUCAACGCUACGAUGUGUGCCACCACCCGUACCAUCUGCGCCAUCCUGGAGAACUACCAGACUGAGAAAGGCAUCACUGUGCCCGAGAAGUUGAAGGAGUUCAUGCCGCCAGGACUUCAAGAACUGAUCCCCUUUGUGAAGCCUGCACCCAUUGACCAGGAGCCAUCAAAGAAGCAGAAGAAGCAACACGAGGGCAACAUAAAGAAAGCAGCAGCAAGAGAAGUCACCCUGGAAAACCGACUGCAGAGCAUGAAGGUUACUGAGGCCUGAGCAUCCCUUCAUCCCAGCCUGCCAGGCCUCCUUUCUGUCAGCUGGGUUCUGAGGCCUGCCCUGGAGCAGGGAGGCCACGCCCCACUCCUCCCCCUGCCCCACCUGACUGCAUAGCGAAGGGGAACUGUCUUGCCAUGUGCCAGGCAGGCAUGCCUGUCUCCCCACCAAUAACUGAUGAAGCCAUGUAAUAAAGCGUCUCUGGGGAGGGCAGAAGACGUCCUCAUCUUCAACCUGGGCUCCAACCCUG